CAAACGGAAAUAGCGGAACACUGGGCCAAUGGCAGCGUCGUGCCUUUACUUAGCGGCCAAUGAGAGGGGAAGUGGGGAGAAACCCGCCUGUGAGCUGCAGGAGCUCAAACCAAUGGGCGGCUCAGAGCUCCGGACGGCGGGCGGAGGGGAGGGGCAGGGGGCGGUGCCACGGCCUGCCAGCCCGCCCGCCCGCCAGCCAGCCCUCCCCGCGGCCGGCUCGGCUCCUUGGCGCUGCCUGGGGUCCUUUCCGCCCGGUCCCCGCUUGCCAGCCCCCGCUGCUCUGUGCCCUGUCCGGCCAGGCCUGGAGCCGACACCACCGCCAUCAUGCCGGCCGUGUCCAAGGGCGAUGGGAUGCGGGGGCUCGCGGUGUUCAUCUCCGACAUCCGGAACUGUAAGAGCAAAGAGGCAGAAAUUAAGAGAAUCAACAAGGAACUGGCCAACAUCCGCUCCAAGUUCAAAGGAGACAAAGCCUUGGAUGGCUACAGUAAGAAAAAAUAUGUGUGUAAACUGCUUUUCAUCUUCCUGCUUGGCCAUGACAUUGACUUUGGGCACAUGGAGGCUGUGAAUCUGUUGAGUUCCAAUAAAUACACAGAGAAGCAAAUAGGUUACCUGUUCAUUUCUGUGCUGGUGAACUCGAACUCGGAGCUGAUCCGCCUCAUCAACAACGCUAUCAAGAAUGACCUGGCCAGCCGCAACCCCACCUUCAUGUGCCUGGCCCUGCACUGCAUUGCCAACGUGGGCAGCCGGGAGAUGGGUGAGGCCUUUGCUGCUGACAUCCCCCGCAUCCUGGUGGCCGGGGACAGCAUGGACAGCGUCAAGCAGAGUGCGGCCCUGUGCCUCCUGCGACUCUACAAGGCCUCGCCUGACCUGGUGCCCAUGGGCGAGUGGACGGCGCGCGUGGUACACCUGCUCAAUGACCAGCACAUGGGUGUGGUCACGGCUGCCGUCAGCCUCAUCACCUGUCUCUGCAAGAAGAACCCAGAUGACUUCAAGACGUGCAUCUCUCUGGCUGUGUCGCGCCUGAGCCGGAUUGUCUCCUCGGCCUCCACCGACCUCCAGGACUACACCUACUACUUCGUCCCAGCGCCCUGGCUCUCAGUGAAGCUCCUGCGGCUGCUGCAGUGCUACCCGCCUCCAGAGGAUGCGGCCGUGAAGGGGCGGCUGGUGGAAUGUCUGGAGACUGUGCUCAACAAGGCCCAGGAGCCCCCCAAAUCCAAGAAGGUGCAGCACUCCAAUGCCAAGAACGCCAUCCUCUUCGAGACCAUCAGCCUCAUCAUCCACUAUGACAGUGAGCCCAACCUCCUGGUGCGGGCCUGCAACCAGCUGGGCCAGUUCCUACAGCACCGGGAGACUAACCUGCGCUACCUGGCCCUGGAGAGCAUGUGCACGCUGGCCAGCUCCGAGUUCUCCCACGAAGCCGUCAAGACGCACAUUGACACCGUCAUCAAUGCCCUCAAGACGGAGCGGGAUGUCAGCGUGCGGCAGCGGGCGGCUGACCUCCUCUACGCCAUGUGUGACCGCAGCAAUGCCAAGCAGAUCGUGUCGGAGAUGCUGCGGUACCUGGAGACGGCAGACUAUGCCAUCCGCGAGGAGAUCGUCCUGAAGGUGGCCAUCCUGGCCGAGAAGUACGCCGUGGACUACAGCUGGUACGUGGACACCAUCCUCAACCUCAUCCGCAUUGCGGGCGACUACGUGAGUGAGGAGGUGUGGUACCGUGUGCUACAGAUCGUCACCAACCGUGAUGACGUCCAGGGCUACGCUGCCAAGACCGUCUUUGAGGCGCUCCAGGCCCCCGCCUGUCACGAGAACAUGGUGAAGGUUGGCGGCUACAUCCUUGGGGAGUUUGGGAACCUGAUUGCUGGGGACCCCCGCUCCAGCCCCCCAGUGCAGUUCUCCCUGCUCCACUCCAAGUUCCACCUGUGCAGCGUGGCCACGCGAGCGCUGCUGCUGUCCACCUACAUCAAGUUCAUCAACCUCUUCCCCGAGACCAAGGCCACCAUCCAGGGCGUCCUGCGGGCCGGCUCCCAGCUGCGCAAUGCUGAUGUGGAGCUGCAGCAGCGAGCCGUGGAGUACCUCACCCUCAGCUCGGUGGCCAGCACCGACGUCCUGGCCACUGUGCUGGAGGAGAUGCCGCCCUUCCCCGAGCGCGAGUCGUCCAUCCUGGCCAAGCUGAAACGCAAGAAGGGGCCAGGGGCCGGCAGUGCCCUGGACGAUGGCCGGAGGGACCCCAGCAGCAACGACAUCAACGGGGGCAUGGAGCCCACCCCCAGCACUGUGUCGACGCCCUCGCCCUCCGCCGACCUCCUGGGGCUGCGGGCAGCCCCUCCCCCGGCAGCACCCUCGGCUUCUGCAGGGGCAGGGAAUCUCCUGGUGGACGUCUUCGAUGGCCCGGCCGCCCAGCCCAGCCUGGGUCCCACCCCCGAGGAGGCCUUCCUCAGCCCAGGUCCUGAGGACAUCGGCCCUCCCAUUCCCGAAGCCGAUGAAUUGCUGAAUAAGUUUGUGUGUAAGAACAACGGGGUCCUGUUCGAGAACCAGCUGCUGCAGAUCGGAGUCAAGUCAGAGUUCCGACAGAACCUGGGCCGCAUGUAUCUCUUCUAUGGCAACAAGACCUCGGUGCAGUUCCAGAAUUUCUCACCCACUGUGGUUCACCCGGGAGACCUCCAGACUCAGCUGGCUGUGCAGACCAAGCGCGUGGCGGCGCAGGUGGAUGGCGGCGCGCAGGUGCAGCAGGUGCUCAAUAUCGAGUGUUUGCGGGACUUCCUGACGCCCCCGCUGCUGUCCGUGCGCUUCCGGUACGGUGGCGCCCCCCAGGCCCUCACCCUGAAGCUCCCAGUGACCAUCAACAAGUUCUUCCAGCCCACCGAGAUGGCGGCCCAGGAUUUCUUCCAGCGCUGGAAGCAGCUGAGCCUUCCUCAACAGGAGGCGCAGAAAAUCUUCAAAGCCAACCACCCCAUGGACGCAGAAGUUACGAAGGCCAAGCUUCUGGGGUUUGGCUCUGCUCUCCUGGACAAUGUGGACCCGAACCCUGAGAACUUCGUGGGGGCGGGGAUCAUCCAGACUAAAGCCCUGCAGGUGGGCUGUCUGCUCCGGCUGGAGCCCAACGCCCAGGCCCAGAUGUACCGGCUGACCCUGCGCACCAGCAAGGAGCCCGUCUCCCGUCACCUGUGUGAGCUGCUGGCACAGCAGUUCUGAGCCCUGGACUCUGCCCCCGGGGAUGUGGCCGGCACUGGGCAGCCCCUUGGACUGAGGCAGCUUUGGUGGAUGGGGGACCCCCACUGGUGACAGAGAAGACACCAGGGGUUGGGGGAUGCCUGGGACCUUCCUCCAGCCUUUUGUAUUUUUAUUUUUGUUCAUCUGCUGCUGUUUACAUUCUGGGGGGUUAGGGGGAGCCCCCUCCCUCCCUUUCCCCCCCAAGCACAGAGGGGAGAGGGGCCAGGGAAGUGGAUGCCUCCUCCCCUCCCACCCCACCCUGUCGUAGCCCCUCCUACCCCCUCCCCAUCCAGGGGCUGUGUAUUAUUGUGAGCGAAUAAACAGAGAGACGCUAACA